CAGUAUUUCACGAAGUAGAUGAAGGUUCGCGUUACAAAAGUGGAUUAUUUGCGUUGUGUACACUGUACUGAAAUGGGCCGCCAGGUAUCUGACAAUUACACUCUCGACGGAAAUGUCUUCACACCGGAAAAGAUACUUGGAGGUGGGGCUUUCGGAACCGCCUACCUGGCAUCGAGGAACGACAAUCCCAACGACAAAUACGUUCUGAAACGGAUUGUCUUUUUCCAGAACAACGCGGAUCCCGCUACGCAGAACCAGGUGGCUGUCAAGUUAGUAGCGCAGUGGAGGAAAGCGCUUACAUUCCAUCAUGUCAACUUAGUUCGCUAUUUCCAUGCCAAGGAACACGAUAACGAGUUCAUACCGACUCAAAAAGAAGGAAUACUCAUCCUGGAGUUUUGCGAAAUGGGAAAUCUGGAGGCAUAUUUGGCGAAUAAGCGGCAGCAAAACGUGACGCCUCCGCUGCCACUUGUCGCUGUGAAAUCCUGCGUACACGAUAUCCUGCAAGGACUGAGUUAUCUUCAUGCCGACGAGAACAAGGUCGCCCACACCGAUUUAAAACCGGCGAACAUUCUCUUAACAGUGAGGGAUGGCGUGAUCGUCACCAAGAUCGCCGACAUCGAUGAUCACGUCGCGAUCAUUGCCACGAUGACCCGCUCCGAAGUGAAGGACACCCGAGGAACGGAAAGGUAUCAGUCGCCGGAAAUCCUCCAGGCCAAAUAUGACUUACUGCGUGUAGGACGCAAAACCGAUAUCUGGAGUGUGGGAGUUAUCGUUGUCGAAUUAGGACGGGGGAGUUUGCCGUUUAAAUUAAUCAAGAUGGAUGGGGUACGCCCAGUGAGGACGGAUUAUAUGAUUGUUGAACAGCGGUCGCUGCCGAUGCAGGUGCGCGAUUUCAUCGUGCAGAACGGAGUACCGGAUAUUCCGCAGACGGAAAUUUUGAAAGGAUUCACUAAACUGGAGCAAUGUUUUAAACGAUCUGGGAUGGAUAGGCCGAAAGCGGUGGAGCUGCUGCAGGAUCCGUGGUUUAAGGGCGGGCCUUGGCAGUGGCGUGCUUAGCCACUUGAUACUGCCGUUUUUUAUAUGUAAUUCUGCCGAUGAAAUAUGUUUUUCUAUACCAAUCAUAAACCGGAUUACCGGGAGCCUUGAGUUACUCGAAGGCGUACCACAGUUGCAUGAUGCUCUAGGUAAAAUAAUAGGUUGCAUGUUAGACGAAUAAUUAUGAAUUCUUGCGGGUCGUUUAUGUGCACGACAGCUGAUAGACAACAUGUUAAUAAUGUUCUAUUCAAUUAAAGCUUAGGUGUACUGGCAA